AUGCCAGACAUGAUGCCAGACAUGAUGCCAGACAUGAUGCCAGACAUGAUGCCAGACAUGAUGCCAGACAUGAUGCCAGACAUGAUGCCAGACAUGAUGCCAGACAUGAUACCAGACAUGAUGCCAGACAUGAUGCCAGACAUGAUGCCAGACAUGAUGCCAGACAUGAUGCCAGACAUGAUGCCAGACAUGAUGCCAGACAUGAUGCCAGACAUGAUGCCAGACAUGAUGCCAGACAUGAUGCCAGACAUGAUGCCAGACAUGAUGCCAGACAUGAUGCCAGACAUGAUGCCAGACAUGAUGCCAGACAUGAUACCAGACAUGAUGCCAGACAUGAUGCCAGACAUGAUGCCAGACAUGAUGCCAGACAUGAUGCCAGACAUGAUGCCAGACAUGAUACCAGACAUGAUGCCAGACAUGAUGCCAGACAUGAUGCCAGACAUGAUGCCAGACAUGAUGCCAGACAUGAUGCCAGACAUGAUGCCAGACAUGAUGCCAGACAUGAUGCUAGACAUGAUGCCAGACAUGAUGCCAGACAUGAUGCCAGACAUGAUGCCAGACAUGAUGCCAGACAUGAUGCCAGACAUGAUACCAGACAUGAUGCCAGACAUGAUGCCAGACAUGAUGCCAGACAUGAUGCCAGACAUGAUGCCAGACAUGAUGCCAGACAUGAUGCCAGACAUGAUGCCAGACAUGAUGCCAGACAUGAUGCCAGACAUGAUGCCAGACAUGAUACCAGACAUGAUGCCAGACAUGAUGCCAGACAUGAUGCCAGACAUGAUACCAGACAUGAUGCCAGACAUGAUGCCAGACAUGAUGCCAGACAUGAUGCCAGACAUGAUGCCAGACAUGAUGCCAGACAUGAUGCCAGACAUGAUGCCAGACAUGAUGCCAGACAUGUAUGACUGUUUAAGAAUCUGA